CAGCUGUCAAACGUGAAAAAGGGACGCCUAUUCGCAAAUUUACAAUUUUAUUUAGAUUGUCUGCCCCGCAUAAUUCCUUCGUUUAAAUUUUAUUCAUCAGCAAAAAAUAGAACAACCGCUCCCAAAAUGGUACUCGUACCUGCUGCGCGCGGCAUAGUGCAGGCUCUGAUGCGCUCAAACACCUUCGAGGAGAUAGCCCAGAUCAUGGAGUGCGACGUGGAGAGUGUCGUCAGCUGCAUCAAGGAGUGCCAACUGGUCGAGGGAAACACCGCCACAUUUAAACUACCGACGAAGCCAGCGACAGUGCGUCGUCCGCACAAAGUGGCGGAUAAUGUGGUGGAGCAGAUUCUGAGAGCUCAUCCGUCGUACACUUCGCUGGAUGUGCAGCGGGAGCUGGUGUCCCAGCACGGCAUCGAGAUGAACCGUCGCACCCUGCAGCGUCGCGUGAGCGAUAUCAAGUCGAAGGCUGUCCCAGCGAAGAACGUGGGUCUGAGUGUGGACGCCAGGAAUCGCCGCGUGGACUGGGCCCUGGCACACCAGGACUGGACAGUGUGCGACUGGCGCAAUGUCUUCAAUAUGGAUGAUCAGAAGUUUGUAGAUGGAUCGCCGCCUAAGCAGAUUUUCGUGGAUACCCUGGUGGGUCCAGAGGGUAGCAAUUGCAAUGACCUGAGUCUCCGCGAGCAGCUGAUGGCCAUAAUCCAGCCGAAAAUACAGGCGCAGGCUCCAAAGAAUGUCCACGAGUUCCGCGCCGUGCUCUACGAUGCGUGGCACAGCGACCAGGAGAUGGUGGACAAGAUCGAACAACUAUACGAGUCGAUGCCGGGUCGCGUGCAGUUAGUUUUGCUCAGUGGCGGCGACAAAAUCAAGCUCUAACCUCCACACAACUGUAUAUAUGUAUAUCCAAUCUUUUCCAACAAGUGACGUGCGUAAAAAUAAAAAAUCUGUUAAAAAUACAUUCAAAAUGUGCGCUGCUAGUGCCGCCCUGGCUGAGCUGUGUUGCGACCCUGUCCGAGCAGGGUUGCAUACAACGAGUGCAUCAGCUGCUUGUAAGUCGUCCCGAACAACAGUAAAAAGCUUGUUUAACUUUUACAGCGA